ACGAACAUUGGAGCACAAGUACCGAGCUGAGGAUGUUAAAUAAGCUGCUAUUCUGUACAUUGAUAAGUUUAGACAUGUUACUCGUAAGCGCCGUUAAGGAUGCCUACUGUAACGAUUUGGUCCCAGCGCCAAUUUCCCUCCCGGAAGUGGAGGCGCGAUUUCCAAUGUUUGGCAACACUGAUAACUCACUGGAACUCAUAUUAGCGGAGGCAAAAUCGGACAACUUGAAAAAAGUCUGGAGGGACUUUUGCGUCACAGAUCCGUGCUCUUCUAAUCGUGAGUGCACUUCAGUAAUGCGAGGUGCUUUUUACGAUUAUGCAAUGCACAAUUUUGUCAAUAACACGUUAGAACAAAUAACCCUAGUGAAGAAGGAGAACUAUAUGGCUUAUAGGAGCAAAGAAGAGGAGGGAGAGGAGAGUGGUUUUCGUGCUCUCUUUGAACUGAGUUGUAUCUUAAUGUGCCAAUACAUGCUGAAAACUGAUGCUUUGAAUGCAUUCCAAUGUAUGUGUCCUGACCCAUGCAAGUUCCAGUCUGAUUGUCCAGAAGAAUCUUGCAAGUCUUCUGGUGUUUUUCAACAUCAGUAUGAAUGUACCUGUGAAGGUGCAACAUGGGAUCGAGAGUUGCACACUUGUGUCCCAUCAAACUGGAAAGAACUCAGAGAGAACCCUAUUAAGAACGACACUGAAUAUGAUCCAACAGGUUGCAAUGGAGCGUCCCACUGUAACAGCGAGGGAACGCUGUUCUGCACCACAGACCCAACCAGCCAAGUGUUCCAGUGCAUCUGCAAACCACAGUAUUCCGGACCAAGUUGUUCUGAACUGAUCGACGCAUGUUCAACCAGAAUCACAAACCCUUUGCUACCGGGGACGGCGGUAACUGUGGCUGGUGACACGGCGUGCAACGUGAAUGUAGACGGCAAUAAGUGUGUAUCAUACCUCAGUGCCGAAUCGGAUAUGUCCUACCGGUGUAACUGUAACGAGAACUUCUGGGGACCUAAACCCGAACUUGGUUAUGACAACUGUCUGAACAGAAGGACACUGUGUUCUUCGGUGAUAUGUGUCCAUGGAAAGUGCGUGCCCAACGAACGUGGUACUCAGGCUCAUUGUUUAUGCAAUCCGGGUUAUACGGGCCCUGCUUGCACCGAAUGGGUUGGAGAAUGGACAGAAUGGUCUCCAUGGGAUAAGUGCCAUCCAGCAUGUGGGGAUGUUCGAUAUGCCGUUCGCGUUAGAGACUGUCUGUCAAUGAAACCAGAGGCCGUGGAAAAACGCGAAUGUCUUGGUGCGUCCAUCGAAUAUGCAGCUUGCGCGGAACACACUUGUGCUCGCACGGAAGGUACAUUUAUCAACACGUACUUUGCAAUACGACAAAGCUCCAUAGCCACGAGUAUUUCGGCGGCUGCAAUAGCCUGUACGUUGGUCACGGGCACAUGGGCUCUAUUUGCCUGGGGCGUUAUUGGUAACCUGAUACUGAACAUAAACCGUAAGCUGCAGAAAAAGCGAGUCGUCCUCAUGUAUCAGAUACGAUUUAAUACAUUGUGUUAUUUCUGGCUAGCCUUUGGAUUUGUCACCGCAGCCAUGAACCACUCAUUCUGCAACGACCUUGUCCCGAAGGUUUUUUCUGUAGAACAAACGGAGCUGACAAAUCCAAUAUUUGGUUCGGAAUACAACACAAUGCAAACGUUGUUUUCGUUGGAAUUUGAGAAAGCGUUUGAGCCCGUGUACAAUGAACCAUGUCUGCUCAAAUGUAAAGGAAAUGAGUCUUGUACGGUACGUCUUCGGGAAAUGUUUCGAAAACAGCUACUCAGAUUUGGGCAAGGGUCUAGCCGAUUUGAAUCGGACCUUCUAAUGGAACAUGGAGACUUUACAACCUACGUCAAUCGAGAGAAAAGUCGUUGGUCAAUGAGCACACAGUCGUUUUUCGUCACCGGCUGCCUGGGCAUAUGCGGCAUGUUAUGGAGGAAACAGAUGCAUGAUAUUUAUAGCUGUCUGUGCCCUAAUCCGUGCCAACAUCAACAGCAAUGUCGUGUGGAAUCGUGCACACAAGUCGGGAUUUUCGAACAUGACUAUACCUGUGAAUGCCCAUCAGGUCAAAAGUGGGAUUCUGAUAUGCAUGUUUGUUUGAGCAGAGAUUACGUAGAACUACACGAUGGCCAAAUAAAGCAAAAACCUUUUUCCCGUCCUGGUGAGUGUGAUGAAGAAACGAAAUGCCACUCUGAGGGAACCUUAUAUUGUCGGCAUGAUUCUGUUGCAAUGGAAGGACGGUGUGUUUGCAGGCCGCAAUACUUUGGUGUGCGAUGUGAACGGCCAGUCAAUGCCUGCGAACAACUCGUAAGACAUCCAGAUUUGCCUAACGGUGGCCUGCGCAUCCCAGGCCACAUUGCCUGCAACGUGAUCUAUGCUGGGAACCGAUGUCAUUCACAUACCAGUGGUGAGGGAGAUAUCUACUACCGAUGCAGCUGCAACGGAAACCCAUGGGUUCCGGAUCCAGGUCUGGCCUACGAUAAUUGUUUGAAAAAACGAACGGUGUGUGAUUCGGCCAUUUGCAUUCACGGAGAUUGUAUGACUAGUGAACAAGGAGGUAAGGUUUAUUGUCUUUGCUAUCCGGGUUUUUCCGGAAGUGCCUGCAGUCUGUGGGUUGGCGAAUGGUCAGAAUGGUUACCGUGGGAUACGUGCAGACCCGGAUGCGGAGACGUGCGUUACACAGUCCGGACGCGCAACUGUCUUUCAUUGAUGAAAAAUUCAACCGAACAGCGUGAAUGUCUCGGUGCGUCCGUAGAAUAUGCAAAGUGUGGUGAGCACCCAUGCGCACGAACCGAGGGGUCAUACAUUGAUACUUAUUUUGCUGUACGACAAGAUGCCAUCGCAGCAACAGUGGCAACCGCUGCAAUCACGUGUGCCGCGAUUUCACUAACUUGGAUAUUUUUCUUUUCUUCUCUGGUCAGUAGGGUCAUCCAUGGAUUGCUAGCGAGGUUACAACAAAAACGGGGUGGCGGGAAUGAACCCAGCUAUCGUGUUGCUUUCAAAUCGUCCAACAGUUACAGUUCCCACACGGUUAGCGCAAAAUUUCCGAUAGAUGAGGAGGAGGAAGGUGGUU